AUGGCGACGUUUGGCGGACUAAAUAUGUCGAUAUUUGACGCAGCUGUUGAUCGUUUUAUCGAUCAACAUGCCAACGACGAGAUGUUGGUGGACGUUGAAAAUCGUCAGUGCAAACUGGUUACUCCACUAAAGAGUAUAGAAAAUGCCGAGGAUCCACAGGCUUUGCUGGAGAACAUCAAGACUGUUUUAAAAGUUGAGACUACACCUAGAUUAGAGUCACAAGAGCCUGUCAAGCGUAGAGCAUCUCUAUCAUCGAGAGCCUCUUUUGAGGGUCCCAAGAACCGUACAGAUACAUUGGAAAAGAAUCGCAAUGAAAUGAUCUUGGAACAUGCGGAGGCUGUCAUUGAGUACCAGCGUGAACGUAUAAAUAUUUUGGAAAAGACAGUUGAACGAUAUAACGCCGCCCUCUCGAAGACUAAUGACAUGCACAAGGAAGAAGUACAAAAGUAUGAGGAAAACAACAAGGAAUUAAGAGUACAAAUGCAGAAUAUAAUCGCUGAUUAUGAGGCAAUUUCAAAGAGGUAUGAGGUUGAUAUGUCCGAAUUUGAAAAGCUCAAGAUAAAGUCCUUGAAUGAUGACUCAGAAAUGAUAAAGAGGAAUGAAACCAUCAAGGAAUUGUCGACAAAGUUGAAUAUUCUUCCAAAGGAGAAUGAGUUCCUGAAGGAAGAAAAGGAGAGGUUGCUAAGGGAAAUCAAGCACCUUAAACUUGAAAUAUUGCCAAACCUUCCAGAGCCUAGCAAGAAUCCUCGCCUCGAUACCCACUAUGUUGGAGAGUCUCACGUGAUUUGUGACGUUCGAAAGCGGGAGACUGCCGCAAUGGGAAAGUGUCUGAUCCAAGUUGAAAAUGAUUUGUUAUCGUACAAGAGACUAUCUGAAGAUCAGAGGGUAGAAAUUCAGCGCUUACACAGCAUUAUAGAUAAUCUCAAAGCCAGGGGUACAUCUAGACCAGAACAGUUCAUCUUAUCUGCGCAGAAGCAAAUUUUGCAAUUGCGUCAUUUAUUUGCAAAUACGGUAAAACGACAGGAUGUUGUUGAGAAAGAGGUUACAAGAGAGCACCAGAACGUUGGCGAAGAUGACCUCAACAAUAGGUCAUUACACGCAGCAUAUGUACUAAAGAGCACCUCUGAACAACGUGACAUGUAUGAUAAACUACUAGAGAUUGUCAAGAAUGCCAUGAGUUUCAAAUCGAACACGUCCUACUUUUAUAGAUGCACGGCUUUGUACUCCUUUGUGGAUGAAAUAGAAUCAGAAUAUGAAUCACAGAUGCGAUUAUUUGAAAUAAAUGACGGAGUUAUACUCAUUCACACUUUGGCUGAAGAUAGGGAACAUGUAACAUCUACAGAUCGUCUUCCUCUAUCAAAUGUGCAAGUUGUAAAUACCGAUUUUGGGAACUUGCGUUUCAUUCUCAAAGAAGACGACAUGUAUCAUAUAAUAACAUUGAACACUUCUGACUUGUAUAAUCGCAUGUAUCACGCUCUUCAAUAUGCAGGAUUCAUUGUCGAAGAUCGUAGACUGACCAUUUACUCUAGCAUUGAUUUAUCAACAUUGGAACCAGAAGAUCAUUGGCCAAGUGAUUUGAUCGCAAUUCAUUUUUCACAGGCUAUCAACUUUUCUAUUAAUCAGAGUGACUCGCUAUUUUCUUGUAUCCUUGAUACUACACAAAGUGUUUCUGUUAUAUCGGAUAUGAUUCCCACCCUUUUAUCCUAUGAUCAGGAUCUCAAUGCUCUUAUUGCAUAUGGACCAAAUUUAGCUAAUAGACCUAGGAUAUUCCCUUGCGAUCAGUGUGUUUUAUUUCGCAUACAAGGAUAUGAUGGAGAUAUUACUAUUCCUGUGGCAACGUUCCCAAAUGGACUUCCAAUCGAUUCAUUUUUUAACAUACCAUUCACAAUAUAUUGCAUGGUUAUGUUUAAAAGUGUACAGUGGAAUAGCAACCAGACUCAUGAUUGCAGCUCUGAUGCAUCUCCAAGCAUAUCUACUGAACAUAGUACUUUGAAAAGUGUGGAUCUUAAAAUUUUGUAUCUUGUUCCUAGGGACUCUAGGUCUUCCAUAGCUCUAAAUGCCCUCAUCAAGAGGAUUAGGUUCUGCACAGAAGAGAUGUUGGAUAUCGAUCACAGUAGUGAUGGUGAGCCAUCUGUUAUUACAAGUAUCAGCAAGGAUGAGGAGACAUUUUACAGAUUUAGAGAUAACUUCCUUGAGCUAUACAUUGAUUCUAACGACAAGCCUGUUUUGGUGGAUACAACAGCAGAUUAUUAUAAGAUAAACAGUACGACCAGUGAGGUUGCAAUCAUAACCAAUGUGAAUUCAGAAAAGAGGGAAACUUAUGUUCUUGCAAUAGAUGACAGAGAGAAAUACGAAAAGUUUUUGGCAGACCUCAAGAACAGUGAGUUGAAGCUAUUAAAGGGAGAUAUUAAUAACACACUUGGGCAGGUUUGCGUAGUUUCAAAGGGUUACAUUCAGCUCUAUGACCAACAAAACUCCCCAAUAGCAGUGCCUAUAAUUGUCUUCCAACCAACAAAUACAGCAAUUCACGUUGAUGAAAAAUUGCGUAAGAUCAUGAUUAUACAAAAGGCCGACAAGGUUAUAAGGAUGAGCCUUGAUUGCACGAACCCGGUAGAAUUCUCAAGAUGGAAGUUUGCUCUGACUUUUAGCGGAUUUUUAGAACAUGAGGAGCCCGACGCGAACAUAAACUCAGCACUAAAAGAGUUUAUAUUCCCAAUAAAGAUAUUUGAUGAACAAGCCCCCGAGGAGAGACGUGCCUUUAAUGUCUUCCGCGAGAAAAUACUCUUGUAUACCCACCCUGCCGCGGACGAUCCAUUCUUGGUUUGGGAGAAGAGUGACUUGAGUAUUGAAAAAUAUGAAAAGGAGAGACGCUUGCGUCUAUAUACUAGAAAGGGUAGCAAGUUUGAGGAACGCUUUGAUUUAUUAAUUCCACUUUUGACUGAUUAUCAGAAUAUACUCGCUGUCUUGGGUCAGUUUGAGUAUGUAUUUGAGAAGCCUAUCAAGAAAAUCACCCUAAAAUAUCAGUACGUUGUUGCAAAGCCCGGAACUAUAUCUCUACAUGAGACAAAGUACGACAAGACAGCCUUGAUAACGCUCAAUAACAGCGAGUACAAGUGUCAAGUAAAGUCUGCAGGGUUUAUAAUUAAGUUUACACCCACAAUUACUACCAAACGAACAAUGAAGCUGGUGUUUAAGAAGGAGCAUAGCUUUAGAAGAUGGCUGCUUGCUCUAAAGGUUGCAGGAUUCUUGCCACUUUCGACUGAGAACAUUCCGGUGUUGUACUUUCCCACAAUUAUCUACGGUUUUGCGUGCACGGAAUCAAAGUCGUUGUUUAAACAGUAUAGAAUCUAA